AUGAAAUUGGAAUAUUUCGAAGAAUUAAAACAAAGUCAAGGUGGUCUUAUCUCAUUUAAUGGUUUUCUCUCAACUAGUACUAAAUACGAUGUUGCUUAUGAAUUUGCUCAGAGAUCUUUAUCAAAUGGAUUUCCAAUAGCUGUAUUGUUUCGAAUGAAGAUCGAUUCAACAAAUAGUUCAUAUCCAUUUGCUUCAUUAGAAAAUCAUAGUUUUGAUCCAUCGGAAUAUGAAAUUCUUUUUUCAUUCAAAGCAAUAUUUCAUAUCGAAGCGAUUGAAGAAAUAGAAAAAAAUUUUUGGAAAGUCGAUAUAGCCUUAAUCAAUCAAAACGAAAGCGAUUUAUCACGUUAUAUUGAAAUUGAAUCCAAUAAAUUUAAUGAUUUCGUUGGUUACGAAAAAUUGGGUGAAUUAUUAAUUCAAAUGAACGAAUUAGAUAGAGCACGAGAUCUAUAUGAAAUGAAUAUACCACUUAAUUCCGAUUCAAAAUAUAUAUAUGUUUAUAAUCAAUUAGGAUCGAUCUGUCUUAGUUUAAAAAAUUAUAAAUCCGCACUCUUAUAUUAUAAUCUUGCACUUCAAACAAAGUCAAGCGAAAGUCUAAAUGAUUAUGUCACAAUAUCAAAUAUACAUAAUAAGAUUGGAAAAAUACUUUAUGAACAAGAGAAAUUUGAUGAAGCAUUAGAAAAAUUUCAAAACGCAUUAAGUAUUCAGCUGGAACAUUUAUCAUCAACACAUCCAUCAUUAGUAAAUACAUAUGAUCUUCUUGGAAUGUACUAUCAACAAGACGAUAAGUACGAAAGAGCACUUGAAUAUCAUCAAAAAAAACUUAAAAUACAGGAAAAAGCAUCACAAUCGAAUCAAGCUGAUAUAGCUUCAACACAUUUUAACAUUGGAAUUUGCCUGGAGAAUUUAAAUCGGUUUACUGAAGCGAUGGAUUAUGUGCAAAAAUCAGUUGAUAGUACGCAUUUCAAUGAUGCAGAAUUACAUGAUAGACAAAAAGCACUUGAAAGAAUCCGCAAAGAACUUGAAUAA